UGCGUGGCGCGCUUCACUGCCGAGCUCACUUCCAGAUGGAAGACCGGCGAGGGAAGACAUGCGUUCAGGGGAUAACUUCAUAAUUCCGAAAUAAUAUCCAGAAAGGAAGUACCAAACAGUUACUAUGGCCUCAGGACAGUCUAACUUACCCUGUGGUAUGCUUAUAGUGGAAACAAGGCCCAGCGCUCAACGCUCACAGACGGUGAGAUUCACCCUUAGCAGGAGUUCAACUAAGUCAACUAUUGGAUCGUAUAGCUACCAGAACGUAGAACUCGUGAGCGAUAUGCAAGUGAUAAAAGUGAUCAUUCUUGGAGCAGCAGGGGUUGGAAAAACAUCUCUAAUUCGGCAAUUCGUAUUCAGCGAGUUCAGCGAGGAGUAUUUUCCUACAGACAGCAAGACAGUGUACAAUCCAACAGUUGUCUUCAAUGAGCACAUCUACUCCAUGCGUAUUGUGGAUCUGCCUGUCAUUCCAUAUUUUCCAGCAAAUUCUGUCAACGAGUGGAUUGAUUUCCGCAAUUAUGGCCUCCGGAGUGCAUCUGCAUAUAUUCUGGUGUUUGACCUCAAUGACCUUGAGACUUUCCAGUAUGUGAAGAGUAUUCGCGAUCAGAUCUGCGACACAAGAGAUAUGCAUAAUGUCCCUCUGUUCAUCGUAGGGAACAAGCAAGACCUGCUUAGGGGUAGAGAGCGCAGAGAGGUGGCUGGAUUGGUGAAGAAGCAUUGGAAGUGUGGUUACGUAGAGUGUUCUGCUCGUCACAACUGGCAUGUGGUACUCCUCUUCAAAGAGUUGGUAAGAGUUUUGGAUUAUGCAGAUUAUGGACAGAAGCUUUCAUCUUACAGCUCUCCACGUUUCGAGAGCCUGCAUGCUCAUAGAGACAGAAGAGGAGAUUCGGUCGUUAAGUGCUCUAUUAUGUAAAUUAUAAGAUUGUGAUAUUGUUAACAAUGGUGGAUUGUUUUGUAAGGGAUUAAAGCAAAUGGAUUGAAAAUAUACCCAAAUUUUCUGUUGAAAGAUACCCCAAUUUUCAAAGAAUUUCUGGAACUUUUUAGCAUUUCUUGCACAUUUUUUCAAAAUGACCACAAUCCAUUAUUUAUGAAUUCAGCAAUGCGUUGCUGUGUUGGCAUAUAAAGCAUUUUCCAAAUGUGCGAAAUAUGAACCAACCAAUAUUUAGCUACAGUAAUUUAAUGAUUUUGUUUCACUUGCAAGCUUAUUUUAUAAACAACUUCCAAAAGACACGAAAUACUUUUUUUUUUAAACCUAUGUCAUAAAAACGAUCUUCCUGAAUUUUUUGUCAAACAAUUUUUAUGAUUGCUCCAAAAAACGUUUUACGAAAUUCAGCGUUCAAAACAAUAGACUUCACAGUAAAUUACUUCUUAAAGUAUUUUAAUAUUAAUUAUUGUGCUUAAAAUAUUUUUUAUAUAUUGUUUCCACAAUUUUAAUUAUCCCUUUUUUUCGACAAUUUUAUUCGAUUUUUUUGGUGGCCAAUUUUUCUAUUGGCACUACGCCAGUUUCAAAUAACUGUAUUAAACAGUAAAAAAACACAAUGAAAUACUAAACAUUAUAUCUUUUGAUUUCGAAUUUUUUUUUCACAAUUUUGCAACAUUUCAUUAAAAAAAAUCCUCUUCGUAUUAUAACCACCAUUGUUAACAGAUAGGACAUUGAAUGGUUCAUGGAAUUUAUUUGAAUUUCGCAAACGUAAUGAUUACCUAAAUGUGUUCAAUAGAAAUUCUAUUUGUAGUGAGUGUAAAAAUAUUACAAAUUUUAAACAAAACAAAUAUGGAUGUACAAGCAAAAUUAAUUUCAUUGUUCACUAAGAAAAAAAGAUAGAAUUGGAUUUCAUUACUCAGUACAAGACUCAUGACAAUAACCAACAACUCAUAAGAUACAGUUUUUGACACGUUUGAAUCAUUAAUUUUAAAUUGUUGUUUAAUUUAAUUAUAGCCAUUAUUUUCUAUUUAUUAAUUUAAUGUUAUAAUUACUAGCUUCUGAAUAUUUCCAAAUAUGGUUAUUAAUAUUAACAAAAUUAAAAUAUCCAAUCUUUA